AUGGUGUCGGGCGUGGUGCGGCGUGCACUACCGCCGCGACACAACCUGGGAGAAAUCUUUAAUCCCUCUGCUGGCCAUUCUGGAUUCACUCUACAGGCCCAUCACGCACGAUUCAUUCAUGCAGUGCCCUUACGCAGGAAUGUACUCCCGAGCUUCUCACCGGCGGCAUUUGGCCCACGAACCGAGCAAAGGCACGCAGCCUCGAAUCCGAAACCGCACAUCCACCGUCUGGUAUUUCGGCACUCCCAGAUCCUCUUUUCACGUAUUCGCACCUUUUCCUCCACUCGACUCGCCCUUCAGCAAAGUCAGCUCAAGACAUAUAGUGACUCCGGCUUCUCCAAGAAGACCGAACCUCAAGAGGAGGCUCGCGACGAGGACGAGGACGAUUUUAUCAAAAGUGACAAGGCGGCCAAGGCUGCACAAGUAAAUCUAGCAGCGAGGCUGUCUAAAGAGGGAAAAUCUCAGAGCAAGGCCGGGUUUGGGGAGAUAUGGAGGCUCAUCAAAGUCGCCCGACCGGAAAUCCGUUGGCUCGGGCUAGCCUUCUGCUUCCUCGUGAUAUCUUCUAGUGUCACGAUGUCUAUUCCCUUCUCCGUGGGCCGCAUCUUGGACCUCGCCACCAAGGGGGAUGUUGAUGAUAUACGCCUGUUUGGCCUUACUCUAAACCAGUUCUUUAUUGGCCUUGGUGCCAUCCUUACCUUGGGUGCGAUGGCGAAUUUUGGCAGGGUUAUUUUGCUCCGAAUCGUUGGUGAGCGAGUCGUUGCCAGAUUGCGAUCGCAGCUGUACAGACGCACGUACGUGCAGGAUGCGGAAUUCUUUGAUGCGAACCGAGUUGGAGAUCUCAUAUCACGACUCAGCUCGGAUACUGUCAUUGUCGGCAAGUCAGUCACGCAAAAUCUGAGCGAUGGUCUGCGGGCAUUAUUCAGUGGCGGUGCCGGUUUCGCCAUCAUGGUCUGGACGAGUCCCAAGCUGACCGGAUUACUUCUCUUAAUGUUUCCGCCCAUAGCCGUCGGGGCCGUCAUCUACGGUCGCGCAAUUCGAAAUAUCAGUAGGACGAUCCAGAAGAACUUGGGUACUCUCACCAAGAUUGCAGAGGAGCGUCUUGGAAAUAUCAAGACGAGUCAAGCCUUUGUCGGCGAAGUUCAGGAGGUUGGCCGUUACAACAAACAAAUUCGAAGCAUAUUUGCCCUUGGAAAAAGGGAAUCUCUCAUCGCGGCUACGUUUUUUGCGUCAACCGGCUGGGCUGGCAACAUGACCAUCUUGGCCAUGCUGAUUGUGGGAGGAAGUUUCGUCCGUUCUGGCGCCAUGUCUCUAGGAGACCUUACCUCGUUUAUGAUGUAUACUGCUUUCGCCGGCUCAAGCCUGUUUGGUCUCUCGGGCUUCUAUUCAGAACUCAUGAAAGGGGUUGGGGCAGCGAGCAGACUCUUCGAGCUGCAGGAUCGCCGUCCAGGUAUUCACCAAACGGUUGGUGUCCGAGUCAAAUCCGCGCAAGGCCCCAUAAAGUUCAGCGAUGUCAGCUUCGCCUACCCCACGCGGCCAGCAGUCAAGAUCUUCAACGGAUUGAACUUUGAGAUCCCGUCAGGAAGUAACGUCUGCGUGGUAGGGCCUUCAGGCGGUGGUAAAUCUACGGUUGCUUCACUGUUGCUCAGGUUUUACAACCCAACAUCCGGUUCAAUCACCAUCAACGGAGUGGACAUUUCAACCAUGAAUGUCAAAUCUUUGAGACGACGGAUUGGGAUGGUAUCGCAGGAACCGGUCUUGUUUUCCGGAACGAUUGCCGAGAAUAUUGCAUAUGGAAAGCCCAAUGCCAGCCGGAUGGAGAUUAUUGCAGCUGCGCGAAGAGCCAAUUGCAACUUUAUCAGCGACCUUCCCGAUGGCUUGGAAACCCAAGUGGGAGCUAGAGGAUCACAGCUGUCUGGUGGACAAAAGCAGCGUAUUGCGAUUGCUCGAGCAUUACUCAAGGAUCCGGAUAUUCUCAUUCUUGACGAAGCCACGUCGGCCCUGGAUGCGGAGUCAGAGACGCUUGUUAAUGAAGCGCUAGCCGGGCUAUUGCGUGGCCACAACACCACUAUAUCCAUUGCACAUCGACUGUCGACAAUCAAGAGAUCUGAUCAAAUUAUUGUCCUCAAUAACGAAGGCAAGGUGGCAGAGAUUGGAAGCUACACCCAACUUGCCGCGGAUAAGCACAGCGCAUUCAGCAAAUUGAUGGAAUGGCAGUUGAGCGGCGGCGAGAUUCCGGAGAAGCGUCAAUCUAAUCCUGGCCCGAGGAUCACUGAGGCAGAGGAAAUAGAGGAAGAGUUGGCGCGGGAAGAAGACUUUGGUGACGAGCAGGCAAAGCAGCACACUGAUCAACAAAGACAACGGCAAGAGGCGCAGCAGCGUCGGUGA